AUGCCGGUAGUUUCAAGAAUGUUCUGUAAUGGAUUAUCGAUCCACAAACCACUCCGAAUCUUCCUCAGGCACUGCCACAAGGAAGCCAUCAAUGUGAAGUGGGCCAGACCCGAGAAGGGCUGGACCAAGUUGAACUACGACGGCUCGUGCAAGUGCGAGACGGGAAAAUCGAGCAUUGGAGGCAUUUUCCGUGACCACAACGCGGGUUUCUUGCUAGGGUAUGCCGAGUCGAUCGGUCAAAGCAGUAGCACAUUGGCUGAGCUGGCGGCCCUCGUGAGGGGCCUCGAGAUCGUGUUGGAAAACGGGUGGAGCAACGUGUGGCUCGAGGGCGACUACAAGGAUAUGGCCGAUAUCAUCACGAGAAAGAAGAGAGUGAUCAAGGAGGGGAAUAGGGCCGCGGAUAAAUUCGCGCAGAUGGGUCACACGCUGACGAAGCCGCAAGUUUGGAAGCACGUUCCCCCGAACGAGGUUUUACGUAUCGUGAACGGGGAUGCGGAGGGAAAGACGUUCAUUGAUUGCGCUUGGCGACUCUGCAAAUUUGAAUUUAUGAAAUUAUCUAGAUAUCAUGAGAAGAAGUGUGGUAAAAGAAAAGCUAAGUACCGAAAGCUAGUUCUGGAAAUUUCUGAUGACCGCCCCUCUGCCGGAGAAGAUAGUGACUCCGGCGAAUCAUUCGUAGGCCAAGGAAUCAACAAACUCAAAGAAGAGCUGGUAGAAGACAACCCUGUGGAAGAUAAUUUCACUAAGCCCGCCGCCGAGAGCUCUAAGGUGCUUGGGCUAGCCGUGGCCAAUCGUGAGCUUAGCAAUAAUAAUAAUAUUGUUGAUGACCUUGUUUACAUGGGUUUUGAUGUUGAGAUGCAGUGGCACAAGGAAGCGGUCAACGUGACGUGGGCCAGACCCGAGCACGGCUGGACCAAGUUGAACUACGACGGCUCGUGCAAGUGCAAGACGGGAGAAUCGAGCAUUGGUGGCAUUUUCCGUGACCACAACGCGUGUUUCUUGCUAGGGUAUGCCGAGUCGAUCGGUCAAAGCAACAGCACGUUGGCUGAGUUGGCGGCCCUCGUGAGGGGCCUCGAGAUCGUGCUAGAAAACGGGUGGAGUGACGUGUGGCUCGAGGGCGACUCCAAGGGCAUUGUUGACAUUAUCACGAGAAAGAAGGGAGUUAUCAGGUGCGCGCAAGUGCGCGCACAUGUGGCGCGCGUGAACUUGAUGGUGCCGGAGAUCAAGAACUGCUUGUUCACUCACACUUUUAGGGAGGGGAAUAGGGCCGCGGAUAAAUUCGCGCAGAUGGGGCACAAGCUGAAGAGGCCACAAGUUUGGAGGCACGUUCCACCAAACGAGGUUUUACAUAUCGUGAAUGAGGAUGCAGAGGGAAAGACGUUCUUACGGAGAAGAUGA